AUGGAUUUGCAGGGCAAGAAAGAGAAGCUCGGCGACAGAAUUGCAGCCCUGCAGCAGCUCGUUUCACCCUUUGGAAAGGGAGAUACGGCGUCUGUGCUGCAUGAAGCCAUGGGCUAUAUAAGGUUUCUGCAGGAACAAGUUAACGUGCUAUGCUCUCCGUAUCUGAAUCCGCCGCCUUCCUCCACCCAACGCCACCGUCACGGCGGCAGAGAAGCCAUGGAAUCCGGCGGCGGGAACACGCCGGACAUGAGGAGCAGGGGGCUGUGUCUUGUCCCAGUAGACCUUACCUUGCAUGUGGCUCAUUCCAACGGCGCAGAUUUCUGGUCACCGGUGGCGGCGGCGGCCAUCUCGGUCUCCGAACCCAACCCGCCACCGCACUCAACUCUCAACUAAAACCAAAAAAAUAAAAAAUAAAACCCCACCUUUAAUUAAUCUGCCAUUUCUUUUGUUUUUGAAGCA